CCUCCAAUGGGUUUUUGAGAAGGAGGCAAAGAUAGAUGACGUAUGCAAUUGAGAUCCUCCCCAUGUUGUGUUAACAGGUAUCUAGCUGGCUAAUAAGUUUCACGGACUUGGUCCUUACGAAGACAGUGCAGAGAGAGGCCCCACCAUCUGACAUCCUAGGUCUGGCAGAUUAUGACCCAGUACCAACCACAGUCCAACCACUCCAACUUCUUCACCGUGAAAGCCGAGGCCUCCUCAACACCACCUCUCGCCACCAGCAUGGCCAAUAGCAACGCCGCCGCCGCCCCAGGGAAGGUGAUGGGCACACCUGGCCCUGCCGGCAGAAUCAGCCCAGAAGGAAGUCAGGUGUUGAGUAAAAAGAAGCUGCAGGACCUCGUAAGAGAGAUUGACCCCAAUGAGCAGCUCGAUGAGGAUGUGGAGGAGAUGCUGCUGCAGAUUGCAGAUGACUUCAUUGACAGUGUGGUGACAGCUGCCUGUCAGCUGGCCCGCCAUCGCAAAUCCAACACCUUAGAAGUGAAGGACGUCCAGCUACACCUGGAGCGCCAAUGGAACAUGUGGAUUCCUGGCUAUGGUUCAGAUGAGAUUCGGCCGUAUAAGAAGGCUUGUACCACAGAGGCCCACAAACAGGACCUACCAGUCAACACCAGCUCAUAAGAUGACGAAGUACAUUACCUGCUGCAGUUGUUCGAGAGAUGUCCAGUAUCAGCCAAACAUACAACAUAGAGAAGACCAGCAAGGGGACCCUCACAAACACGCAGACAUGUCCUCGCUGUAAGCAUUCCUAUAAAUGGAACAGUGGGGACACUUGAAUCAGGUUGGUGACAUUUGACCUGGUCAAAGGUAAAACAGUUGCGAGUUUUGUCCCAAUUCAACUUCAAAACAUAGCCUGGUGGAACCAGCCUGAUCACUGCGUUUACCAUUAUAUUUCACUUCACUUCAAAUCUGAAGUGAAAUAGAAAGGUGAAUGUAGUGAUCAGGUUGUUUCCACCAUGCUAAUUUUAACCACCAUUGAUAAUGUAAUCAGUGCUCAGGAGGGGCCAGGAGCUCAUCUACGCUGCCAUGCCCAUCAAUAGGGUGCUGGCAAAGAACUUACCUCCAGCCUCACUUCUUGCCUGCUUACCAAUGGUCGUCAAUGGAGAGGUAGGUAGGUUUAGUCUGACCUGUUCAAACUUUAACAUAAUAUAUCACGUAUCCUAACUGGCAUUGGUGAUCGAACAGUGACUGUGUAUUUGUUCACAGAUGUAUCUAUUGACCCGGAACUUGGAGACUUGCAAGAUGACGUGACGAAGUCCAGAAUUACAUACGGGCUUCAUACUGAUAUCUCUAAAUGGAAAGAGACCUGGUACUCGGCAUGAACAUUUUACUAGACAACUUUAACUUGUCUUUUUUUAUUAUUGAAUUGAAUGGUAUCCUGCAAUAUGGGGAGGGAGAAACCCGGUGUAUUCUGCACCAGGAUCAGGUAACUCCUGGUGUAUACAGGACACCACAUAGGAAGGUAUGACCACCCUGACAUGUUUACCAAGGUAGCCCCAUUAACACCAAACAAAAUGCCAAUAGGCACAGUAUCUGUAUCGGCUUGGAAAGACAACGAAAGAUGAAAUGUGCCCAUUGUUAUAUUAGCCGAACACUGAUUCUAUGGUAUUAUGUAAAGGGUUGUUAAUUCUACAUGGACCUGUUACUACAUUUGAAAGUUAUCAAAACACUUAGUUUAGAAAAUCUGCAUAAAUGUUUUUAUUUAUUUUUUACCUUUAUUUAACUAAUAAAUCUCUCAAGUCAGAGAAGAACAAAUUCUUAUUUACAAUGACGGCCUAGCAAAAGGCAAAAGGCCUCCUGCGGGGACGGGGAUUGGGAUUUAAAAAAAAUUAAAUCAAAAUAUAAGAUAUAACACACAUCACGACGAGACAACACAACAUAAAGAGAGACCUAAGACAACAACAUAGCAUGGCAGCAAAACACGACAACACAGCAUGGUAGCAACACAACAUGGCAGCAGCGCAACAUGGUUGCAGCACAAAACAGGGUACAAACAUUAUUGGGCACAGACAACAGCACAAAAGGCAAGAAGGUAGAGACAACAAUACAUCACACUAAGCAGCCAUAACUGUCAGUAAAAGUGUCCAUGAUUGAGUCGUUGAAUGAAGAGAUUGAGAUAAAACUGUCCAGUUUAAGUGUUUGUUGCAGCUCAUUCUAGUCGCUAGCUGCAGCGAACUGAAAAGACGAGUGACUCAGGGAUGUGUAUGCUUUGGGGACCUUUAACAGAAUGUGACUGGCAGAACAGGUGUUGUAUGUGGAGGAUGAGGGCUGCAGUAGAUAUCUCAGAUAGGGGGGAGUGAGGCCUAAGAGGGUUUUUAUAAAAAAGCAUCAAUCCGUGGGUCUUGCGACGGGUAUACAGAGAUGACCAGUUUACAGAAGAGUAUAGAGUGCAGUGAUGUGUCCUGUAAGGAGCAUUGGAUAAGGAGCAUUGGUGGCAAAUCUGAUGGCCGAAUGGUAAAGAACAUCUGCCACUCGAGAGCAACCUUACCUGUCGUAAUCUAGCAUGGGUAGGAUGGUCAUCUGAAUCAGGGUUCGUUUGGCAGCUGUGGUGAAAGAGGAGCGAUUACGAUAGAGGAAACCAAGUCUAGAUUUAACUUUAGCCUGCAGUUUUGAUAAGUGCUGAGAGAAGGACAGUGUACUGUCUAGCCAUACUCCCAAGUACUUGUAUGAGGUGACUACCUCAAGCUCUAAACCCUCAGAGUUGGUAAUCACACCUGUGGGGAGAGGGGCAUUCUUCUUACCAAACCACAUGACCUUUGUUUUGGAGGUGUUCAGAACAAAGUUAAGGGCAGAGAAAGCUUGUUGGACACUAAGAAAGCUUUGUUGUAGAGCGUUUAACACAAAAUCCCGGGAGAGGCCAGCUGAGUAUAAGACUGUAAAUUCAGCAAUUGCGUUCUUCUCAUAUUACUCUGGAGGCUACUGACCUAUUCAAAUCUCCCUCUGGUAUCUCACCAUACUUCUGCCUGUAGUUAUUUAACUCAACCUGCAGGAGGUUUGUCUGUUGAGUUUGAGUGGGUGGAAACCACUGUGGCAAGGUUCUGACAGAUGGGUGUCUUGGUGGUGGCAAGAACACACCCAAGAAACACCCACAUAAACCCACACCGCAAAGCCAAAUCACAUUUGGCUCUGUCAUGGCCGCCAGCAUUUCUUGAGGAGCAAGCCAAAAAAACGAGACCAAAUCAGCGGGUGCAGUUCUCAUUUAAGUUCUCUUAUUAGUCAUUAAAUUCUAUGAAGUAAUAUAUUAUCAAAACAGCCUAAAUUACAUUUACUUUAGGGGCCCAAAUGUAAUUUGAUUGUUAAAAAUGUUGAAGGGGAUUCUCGUGUUUUAUUAUCGUUCAAACUCAUAAUUUUACAUCUUGAUACACAAAGAGGCUGGGAGCCCUAUUGUUGUUGGAGGCAGAAGGUGGCCCCAUCUUGUGGCAGUCAGUUCUAUGACCACCAGAUGGCAUGUGAGGUCCAUCAUUGUUUUUGUUAACAUGCUUGAUAAUAUACACUCUGUAUACAAGGUGUCAAAGCGUCCCACAGGGAUGCUGGCCCAUGUUGGCUCCAAUGCUUCCCACAGUUGUGUCAAGUUGGCUGGAUGUCCUUUGGGUGGUGGACUAUUCUUGAUACACACAGGUCAGGUGUUGAGUGUGAAAAACCCAGCAGCAUUGCAAUUCCUGACACAAACCGGUGCGCCUGGCACCUACUAAGAUACCCAGUUCAGGCAAUUAAAUAUGUUGUCUUCCCCAUUCACCCUCUGCAAUGCACACAAACCAUGUCUCAAUUGUCUCAAUGCUUAAAAAUCCUCCUCUAACCUGUCUCCUCCCCUUCAUCUAAAUCAAAUCAAAUCAAAUUGUAUUAGUCACAAGCGCAGAAUACAACAGGUGUAGACCUUACAGGGAAAUGCUUACUUACGAGCCCCUAACCAACGCAGUUUUAAAAAAUACGGACAAGAAUAAGAAAUAAAAGUAACAAGUAAUUAAAGAGAAGCAGUAAAUUAACAAUAACGAGACUAUAUACAGGGGGGUACUGGUACAGACUCAAUGUGCGGGGGCACCGGUUAGCUGAGGUAAUAUGUACAUGUAGGUAGAGUUAUUAAAGUGAAUAUGCAUAGAUGAUAACAACAGAGAGUAGCAGCGGUGUAGGGGGGAGGCAAUGUAAAUAGUCAGGGUAGCCAUUUGAUUAGAUGUUCAGGAGUCUUAUGGCUUGGGGGUAGAAGCUGUUUAGAAGCCCCUUGGACCUAGACUUGACGCUCCGGAACCACUUGCCGUGCGGUAGCAGAGAGAACAGUCAAUGACUAGGGUGGCUGGAGUCUUUGAGGGCCUUCUUCUGACACCGCCUGCUAUAGAGGUCCUGGAUGGCAGGAAGCUUGACCCCAAUGAUGUACUAGGCCGUGCACAUUACCCUCUGUAGUGCCUUGCGGUCAAGGGCUGAGUAGUUGCCAUACCAGGCAGAGAUGUAGCCAGUCAGGAUGCUCUCGAUGGUGCAGCUGUAGAACCUUUUGAGGAUCUGAGGACCCAUGCCAAAUCUUUUCAGUCUCCUGAGGGAGCAAAGGUCUUGUCGUGCCCUCUUCAAGGAACUUGAAGCUCUCAACCUGCUCCACUGCAGCCCCAUCGAUGAGAAUGGGGGCGUGCUCGGUCCUCUUUUUCCUGUAGUCACAAUCAUCUCCUUUGUCUUGAUCACGUUGAGGGAGAGGAUCUUGUCCUGGCACCACACGGCCAGGUCUUUGACCUCCUCCCUAUAGAGCGUCUCGUUGUUGAUCAGGCCUACCACUGUUGUGUCAUUGGCAAACUUAACGAUGGUGUUGGAGUUGUGCCUAGCUGUGCAGUCAUGAGUGAACAGGGAGUACAGGAGGGGACUGAGCACGCACCCCUGACGUGCCCCUGUGUUGAGGAUCAGCGUGGCGGAUGUGUUGUUACCGACCCUUACCACCUGGAGGCGGCCCGUCAGGAAGUCCUGGAUCCAGUUGCAGAGGGAGGUGUUUAGUCCCAGGGUCCUUAGCUUAGUGAUGAGAUUUGUGAGCACUAUGGUGUUGAACACUGAGCUGUAGUCAAUGACUAGCAUUCUCACAUAGGUGUUAAUUUUGUCCAGGUGGGAAAGGGCAGUGUGGAGUGCAAUAGAGAUUGUCUGUGGCUCUGUUGGGGCAGUAUGCAAAUUGGAGUGGGUCUAGGGUUUCCGGGAUAAUGGUGUUGAUGUGAGCCAUGACCAGCCUUUCAAAGCACUUCACGGCUACAGGAGUGAGUGCUACGGGUCGGUCGUCAUUUAGGCAGGUUGCCUCAGUGUUCUUGGGCACAGGCACUAUGGUGGUCUGCUUAAAACAUGUUGUUAUUACACUCGGACAGGGAGAGGUUGAACAUUUCAGUGAAGACACUUGACAGUUGGUCAGCACAUGCUCGCAGUACACGUCCUGGUAAUCUGUCUGUGAAUAUUGACCUGUUUAAAGGUCUUUCUCACAUCGGCUGCGGUGAGCAUGAUCACACAGUCUUCCGGGAACAGCAGGUGCUCUCAUGCAUGUUUCAGUGUUAUUUGCGUCGAAGUGAGCAUAGAAGUAGUUUAGCUCAUCUGGUAGGCUAGUGUCACUGGGGAGCUAUCGGCUGUGCUUCCCUUUGUAGUCUACAAUGGUUUGCAGCUCUGCCACAUCCAACGAGCGUCAGAGCCGGUGUAGUCCGAUUCGGUCUUAGUCCUGUAUUGAUGCUUUGUCGGUUUGAUGGUUCGUUGGUGGGCAUAGUGGGAUUUCUUAUAAGCUUCCGGGCUAGAGUCCCGCUCCUUGAAAGCGGCAGCUCUAGUCUUUAGCUCAGUGCGGAUGUUGCCUGUAAUCCAUGGCUUCUGGUUUGGGUAUGUACGUACGGUCACUGUGGAGACGACGUCAUCAAUGCACUUAUUUGAUUCACUUUAAGCUACAAGCGCCCGCACUGUUAAAUCUGAAGGCCUGAGGGCAGAUUUUAGACCCCUGGCAACACAUGAUGGCUGAAUAUGAUUGGAUAAAAGAUCUAACAUAAAGACCAGCCCUCCAAAUCUCAACCUGGGGCUGGAAGCAGUGCAACCAAGAGGAAAGCUAUGAAAUGAAGAGUAUAACUCUUACCCUGGGGAAUAAUUUAGUACAUAUUUGUGGGAAAAUAUAUUUAAAAAAAAUAUAUAUAUAUAUUCUGAUGAUGUUUAGGCCAGUAGAGAAGGCCUUGCUGGCCCUGACUGCCCACCACUGCUGUUUGGCCAUAAUGACCAUUGUUAUGUUUGGAGGAAAAAUGGGGAGGCUUGCAAGCCAAAGAACACCAUCCCAACUGUGAUUUUUAUUUUAUUUAUUUUAUUUAACCUUUAUUUAACCAGGUAGGCAAAUUGAGAACACGUUCUCAUUUACAAUUGCGACCUGGCCAAGAUAAAGCAAAGCAGUUCGACACAUACAACAACACAUAGUUACACAUGGAGUAAAAACAAACAUAUAGUCAAUAAUACAGUGAAAUAAAAAAAAUAAAAAAUAAAAAUAAGUCUAUAUACAAUGUGAGCAAGUGAGGUGAGAUAAGGGAGGUGGAAGGCAAACAGAUAUAUGUAUAAAUAAAUAAAAAUAUAAAAAGGCCAUGGAGGCGAAGUGAGUACAACACAGCAAGUAAAAUAAAAACUAAAAAAAACACUGGAAUGGUUGGUUUGCAUUGGAAGAAAGUGCAAAGUAGAGACAGAAAUAAUGGGGUGCAAAGGAGCAAAAUUAAUUAAUAAAUAAAUACAGUAGGUAAAGAGGUAGUUGUUUGGGCUAAAUUGUAGAUGGGUUAUGUACAGGUGCAGUAAUCUAUGAGCUGCUCUGACAGCUGGUGCUUAAAGCUAGUGAGGGAGAUAGGUGUUUCCAGUUUCAGAGAUUUUUGUAGUUCGUUCCAGUCAUUGGCAGCAGAGAACUGUAAGGAGAGGCGUCCAAAGGAAGAAUUGGUUUUGGGGGUGACUAGAGAGAUAUACCUGCUGGAGCGCGUGCUACAGGUAGGUGCUGCUAUGGUGACCAGCGAGCUGAGAUAAGGGGGGACUUUACCUAGCAGGGUCUUGUAGAUGACCUGGAACCAGUGGGUUUGGCGACGAGUAUGAAGCGAGGGCCAGCCAACGAGAGUGUACAGGUCGCAGUGGUGGGUAGUAUAUGGGGCUUUGGUGACAAAACGGAUGGUGUGUGUGUCUGUGUGCAUGCUUGGGGGUUGUCCGUGGAAUUUCAGGAGUCUGAGGAUUAAAGGAACCCAGACUAAGGACAGUGACUAUCUAUUCUACGUCAACACAAUUCCUUGCGAGGGGAGUGCCUUGUUUCUAGGAACCAAAACAUCUCAGCAGCAUUCAGGUAAAGAUUGAAGGUUGUCACAGCCUCAACCUUUUGGUUCUUUUCUCAUGUGGAUGUUCUGUUUUCUGACCUGAAUUUCUCUUUCUGCCUUCCAUCCCUCCACUCACUGGACACCACACUGAAAACAGGAAUCUUUAUGCCUGGUAAUUAUGUAAGUAAGUGAUAUACAGGACAAUGACACUACAUUUCUAGGGAAAUAAACCAUGACACAGGGUUGUGAUGUGGAUGAGAUGUAUAGAUUCUCCACAUGUCUGUCAGCUUCUAUACUUACAGUAGUACACACAUCUGUACAGGUUUGAGUACUUAGGGUUACCAGGGAAGUGGACACUAUUCAGUGAAACAAACAAUGACUUACCAUAGUUAUGCAGUUAGUAGAAUAUAAACAUUACUUUCCCUCAGUUGGAAGAUCUGCUAUAAGCAUAACCAUUAUCAUCAAGGAAUCAUUAAUCGAAUUGUAUCCACUAUAACUGGAAUUAUUAGGGAUAGGUUAGUUUGCAUUUUCACUUGACUUAAUAAUGUGACUGGACUAAGCCAUCUGUGCUCGUGCUGUGGCCUGCGUGUUGUCAGUGUAUGGUGCCCAUUCUGCUGGUGGUGCAUUCAUCUCUUAGUCACCCAGAAGCAGACGUCACCAGGAUGACGGAGCGACAGACUGCAGUGGCCAGGUUGAAGGUGUCUCCUCCCUGCAGCAGCCCACAGAUGGAAGAUGAGGUCAUUAUUUGUUGUGGAGCUUUUCUGUUCUCUCUCUGUUCUCUCCCCGUUUUCUUUCUGUAAUUCCAGGUGAUGGUAGUCAGAUGGUAAAUUCAUGGAAAGUUUGUAUCACAUCACUGCAAAGAUAAAUCAAUUAAAUUACAAUACUAUGCGUCUUUGCAGACUUUAGAAAAGAACAAGCAUUAUCCACCAAUUAAUUAAAAGGAUGUGAAAAGAAGCAGUGUUCGUAUAAGCGAUUGGAAAGUGUCCAAAUAUAAUAAGUGUGUGUUUAUUUGUUUGUUUCUCAUAAAUCAUCACUGUGUCCCAUGCAUCAACACAGUGAGUGAUUUCUCCCACAGCAUUUUUUAUAGAUGCUGUUGUGGACAGCAGGUGAGACUACAAUGUUCAAAAGGUGUAUAGUCUGAAUAAACCCCCUGUUCAAAACAAAUAUACCCUGUAAACAAUAGACAGGCAAAAGUGGGGCAACCUGUGCUGCUCUAGCCACUGUGGGUGGGCUGUGAUUGCCAUGGUGCCAGCCAGGUCCUCCAGAUAAGCUGAGAACAAUGAGGAGGUCAUGGGGAAAUCCUGUGUUUACAUGCUUAGUGUACUCUGUGUGUGCUGUGUUGCAAACAGCUACCACAAAUAUAGGGUUCCCUUCACAGCAGCUAGUAGUGUCAGCAAGUCUCUCUCUCUCUCUCUCUCUCAAUUCAAUUCAAUUCAAGGGGCUUUAUUGGCAUGGGAAACAUGUGUUAACAUUGCCAAAGCAAGUGAGGUAGAUAUUAUACAAAAGUGAAAUAAACAAUACAAAUUAACAGUAAACAUUACACAUACAGAAGUUUCAAAACAAUAAAGACAUCACAAAUGGUAUAUUAUAUAUAUACAGUGUUGUAACAAUGUACAAAUGGUUAAAGCACACAAGUUAAAAUAAAUAAGCAUAAAUAUGGGUUGUAUUUACAAUGGUGUUUGUUCUUCACUGGUUGCCCUUUUCUUGUGGCAACAGGUCACAAAUCUUGCUGCUGUGAUGGCACACUGUGGAAUUUCUCCCAGUAGAUAUGGGAGUUUAUCAAAAUUGGAUUAGUUUUCAAAUUCUUUGUGGAUCUGUGUAAUCUGAGGGAAAUAUGUCUCUCUAAUAUGGUCAUACAUUGGGCAGGAGGUUAGGAAGUGCAGCUCAGUUUCCACCUCAUUUUGUGGGCAGUGUGCACAUAGCCUGUCUUCUCUUGAGAGCCAUGUCUGCCUACGGCGGCCUUUCUCAAUAGCAAGGCUAUGCUCACUGAGUCUGUACAUAGUCAAAGCUUUCCUUAAGUUUGGGUCAGUCACAA